CACCUUCCUAAAAAAGAAGAAAGAUUAUUUUUAUUCUCCUCGGUUACUCUUGUGAAAGUCAAAACACAGAGCAUUGUUUCUAAUUCUCUUUAAAAACAGUCACCAAGAGCCUGGGAAUACAGUUCUUCUCUUCUGGUUUCUUACUUCCCGUAAAUUAGUUUCUCUUUUCAACAAAAGAUGUUUAUGAUCUUCAAAAUGCUUUAAAGAGUUUAACAACUAAGAGAAAAAAAAACCAGUGCUGGGCAGGGAGACAAGAUGCUCAAAGAACAAAUUUUAAAUUUAAAUAACUUGAAUCGUCCAGCCAGGGGCUGGAAUUGAGAUUUUUCUAUCCAACUUGUAAAAUCCUUGGUCAUACAAAGAUAAUUACGGAAAUAUUCAGAGACCUUCCCUGGACCCAGACGCAGACCCGCCCCACUGGCUGUUACCUCUUAGUAAAGACGAAAAACAUUCAAAAGAGGGAGGACCUGCCAUCGUCGGAGUCACUCAAGGAACCAGGAGGAAAGGUGACAUGCCUGUCCCGGGACCGGACUCGACCUAACAGGUCCCCGGGGGAGUCCCCGGCGUGCAGGAGAGCCUCGUCGGGGGGCCAUGUCAGCUCAGACCAUGGGCACCCGCAGUCUGGACAAGCGAGGAAGUUUCUUUAAGCUCAUUGACACAAUCGCCUCGGAGAUCGGCGAACUGAAACAGGAGAUGGUGCAGACAGAUGUCAGCCUGGAAAAUGGCCUGGGACCCACCGAAGCCCACAGCAUGGUAAGACACAAGGACGAUCACUACUCCGAGGAAACGGACGCCAAGACCUGCCCCCGGGACUCGGGCUACGACAGCCUCUCCAACAGGCUCAGCAUCUUGGACCGACUCCUGCACACCCACCCCAUAUGGCUGCAGCUGAGCCUGAGUGAGGAGGAGGCGGCCGGAGUCCUGCAGGCGCAGCCUCCGGGGAUCUUCCUGGUUCGUAAAUCCACCAAAAUGCAGAAGAAAGUCCUCUGCCUUCGCCUGCCCUGUGAAUUUGGAGUCCCACUCAAGGAAUUUGCCAUAAAGGAAAGCACAUACACCUUUUCCCUGGAAGGCUCAGGAAUCAGCUUUGCGGAUUUAUUCCGGCUCAUUGCUUUCUACUGCAUCAGCAGGGAUGUCCUGCCAUUUACCUUGAAGUUGCCUUAUGCCAUUUCAACAGCCAAGACCGAGGCUCAGCUUGAAGAACUCGCCCAGCUGGGACUAAAUUUUUGGAGCUCUCCAGCUGACAACAAACCCCCAAACCCUCCACCUCCCCAUAGGCCUCCCUCCUCCGACGGCGGCUACGAUGAUGGCGUGGGUCCGGCCUCCUCGCGUCAGCUCUGCCUGAUAAAUGGAGUGCAUUCUAUAAAAACCAGGACGCCCUCGGAACUGGAGUGCAGCCAGACCAACGGGGCCCUGUGCUUUAUUAAUCCCCUCUUCUUCAAAGUGCACAGCCAGGACCUCGGCGGGGGCCCCCGGCGGCCCUGCACCCGGACUCCCGACGCGGAUGGCACCGAGAGGCCUCGGUCCCCGCCGCCCAGGCCCCCGCCGCCCGCUAUUCAUAGUCAGACCGCCGGCCCCCAGCUGGCCGGGCCCGCGGCGCCCCCGGCCGGCAUGCCGGAAACCGUCGCCCUGCACCAGCCCGGGGACGCGGCGCGGCUUGGAGCGAAACCCACCCCCGUGCCUCCACCCCGGCUCAAGAAGCAGGCGUCUUUCCUCGAGGCGGAGGGCGGCGCCAAGACCUUGACCGGCGACCGGCCUCGCCCGGAGCCCGCGGCGGGCCCGGCGAGCGGCGCGGGGGGGGCGCCUGCCCCGGCGGAGACGGAGGCGGAGGCGGUCCUGGCCUCGGGGGAUUGCGCAAGGGCCCGGCGCGCCGCCGCCUCGGCCUCGGCAUCCCGGCCCCCGUGGCGCGCGGGCCGCCAGCGGCUGAGUGACAUGAGCCUUUCCACUUCCUCCUCCGACUCGCUGGACCUGGACCGCAGCAUGCCCCUCUUUGGCUACGAGGCGGACACCAACAGCAGCCUGGAGGACUACGACGGCGAGAGCGAUCAGGAGACCAUGGCCCCCCCCAUCAAGUCCAAGAAGAAGCGGAACAGCUCCUUCGUGCUGCCCAAGCUCGUCAAGUCCCAGCUCCGCAAGAUGAGCGGCGUCUUCAGCUCGUUCCUGACCCCGGAGAAGCGCAUGGUGCGCCGGAUCGCCGAGCUGGCCCGCGACAAGCGCACCUACUUCGGCUGCCUGGUGCAGGACUACGUGAGCUUCCUGCAGGAGAACAAGGAGUGCCACGUGUCCAGCACCGACCUCCUGCAGACCAUCCGGCAGUUCAUGACCCAGGUGAAGAACUACCUGUCCCAGAGCUCCGAGCUGGACCCCCCCAUCGAAUCGCUGAUCCCCGAAGACCAGAUAGAUGUGGUGCUGGAGAAAGCCAUGCACAAGUGCAUCCUGAAGCCCCUGAAAGGCCACGUCGAGGCCAUGCUGAAGCACUUCCACGUGGCCGAUGGCUCAUGGAAACAACUCAAGGAGAACCUGCAGCUCGUGCGGCAGAGGAAUCCACAGGAGCUGGGCGUCUUCGCCCCCACCCCUGACUUUGUAGACGUGGAGAAAAUCAAGGUCAAGUUCAUGACCAUGCAGAAGAUGUAUUCGCCAGAAAAGAAGGUCAUGCUGCUGCUGAGAGUCUGCAAGCUCAUCUAUACCGUCAUGGAGAACAACUCAGGGAGGAUGUACGGAGCAGAUGACUUUUUGCCGGUCCUGACCUAUGUCAUAGCGCAGUGUGACAUGCUGGAGCUAGACACGGAGGUCGAGUACAUGAUGGAGCUUCUGGAUCCAUCCCUGCUACAUGGAGAAGGAGGCUAUUACCUGACGAGCGCCUACGGGGCCCUCUCCCUGAUAAAGAACUUCCAGGAAGAGCAGGCGGCGCGGCUGCUCAGCUCCGAGGCCAGGGACACCCUGAGGCAGUGGCACAAGCGCAGGACCACCAACCGGACUGUCCCCUCGGUGGACGACUUUCAGAAUUACCUCCGGGUUGCAUUCCAGGAGGUCAACAGUGGCUGCACGGGAAAGACCCUCCUCGUGAGGCCGUACGUCACCACUGAAGACGUGUGUCAGCUUUGCGCCGAGAAGUUCAAGGUGGCCGACCCCCAGGAGUACAGCCUCUUCCUCUUUGUGGAUGAAACGUGGCAGCAGCUCGCAGAGGACACGUACCCGCAGAAGAUCAAGGCCGAGCUGCACAGCCGGCCACAGCCCCACGUCUUCCACUUCGUCUACAAGCGCAUCAAGAAGGAUCCUUAUGGCAUCAUCUUCCAGAACGGGGAGGAAGACCUCAGCGCCUCCUAGGGGACUCGCAGAGGCUUCCCAGUGGUGCGUCCAAAGGGGGAGACUUAGCAACCCGGCCUCUGGCGUCCACGGUCUUGUGCAGUCAUCUCCUUGAGGACCCGUGACCGAGCCAUCCACAGGCCCGCUUGGCCAAGGGCAUCUUUAACCACGACUCCCCAGCGAGCUCGCUGAGGUUCGGCAAAGAGGAGGACCUGUCCUUCAGAGGUGGAAAGUUGCAUCCAGUGGUUCAAGUGUCCCCACAUGGCUUGCUGCCUACCCCUCAGCCAGGUAUUGGGUUGGCUCACGUGUGUGCAUAUGUACUGAAUAAACAUUUAAGUACCAGCUCUUCUCUCAAGUUCAACAGCAGGCGUUUGACAAGACUGUCCGAUGCAGUGCAUCAAGGACCUCUCAGUUCUGUGGAUGCCUUCAUCCACCCUUCCUUCCUUCCCCUUUUUUUUUUUUUUACAAAGAGCCUUUGUGUUUUUAUAUAUUUCAUAGAAGAUUUUAUAGCAGUUGCAGGUAAACUGUCAGGAUUGGUUUUUAAAAUAUUUUUGUAACUUUUAAGAUAUUCUAUAAUUAUGCAUGUGAUUUUAACAUUGAAUGAUGCAAAAAAGAAAUCUCUUGCUGGAUUUGAGAGUAUUGCAUUUUAAAGGUCUCUCUUCCGUAACUGGAUGUUUCGGCCACUUUGUGGGGAGAGACUACUGGGUUUCUUACAGCGAUGUAUUUCUGACACUGGCCACAGAAUGCCUUUGGGAAUCCGAUGUACUGUCAUUACCUUGUUCACGCUCAGAGCUAUCAUGUUGUUUUGUGUUUUCACCAAGUGAUGCUGAGAAUCAGGAGAGAAAUGAAUGUAGAGAGAGACUGAGAGGGAAAUACAGACUCUUCAUAGGAGACUAAAGAGUGGAGCCUGCUGGUUCAGGCUCCUUAAAGGAAGUGGGAAAAGGAGAUAGAAGGAACCACCUAUGCUGAAAAUACUGUAAAUAUGCAGUGAGGUUUGCAAAAUCUGUCCCAUGUUAUUUGCUUUUGGAAGCAAUUUUGAAAACCCCACGAGGAAAAAAAAAUUAGAGCAACAGGUUUUUUUUCCCCCUUUUCCACAUAAAUCAAAACUAACAGCAUCAAAUUCUUUGGGGCAGAAACCACAUAAUGUGAGUUUCAUCGAGUUAAAUAAAUACUAUUUGGAAAGGAGUUUGCCGAUGCACCAAAAAAGCCUGUCUGUGUUGUAGGAAUGUGUGGUGAAGUUCAAUUUCUGUUUUAUGAAACCUGUUUGGGUGGGGGUCGGGGGGUUGCACAGAGAAUGAAUUCUUGUAUCCGUGUCACACAGGUAGUUACAGAAGUAUGUUAUUGUACUGUGUAAAGAUGCCCAGUCAUCUGAUUUGUUUGGCUUUCUACUUUGUACCUUUUCAAGCUUUUGCUAUACAUCUGGAACCCUCAACACAUACUGUGUUGUAUUUCCUUUUGUAAAUGAUUUUUAAUGGAGUUUUGCACAUAACUCUUUGUAAUACUGUACGAUAAUUCAUGUGUGAAAAUAAUUCUUGCAAUAUCCUCA